UGGGAUUCACUUUUUUUUAUGGCCAGGAUCAAUGGUGUUCUUUAAUUUGCAUAAAUAUCAUCAAACAGUUCUUAUAUUUGGAACCAUUUUAGCAACAAAAAAGACAAUAGGUAAGUUGAUCGAUCCAACCGAUGAUUUCAAGGUCGGCUUUCUCCGAUUGGCUUUUGUAAUAUCUGUGGUUUGCAACAUCAAGUAUGGCAUCUCCCCAUGAUUUCUCCAACUCAAAUUCUCUCGUUGUCAACAACAACAUGCCAACCAAACAAGCAACACGCUGUGAACGGAAGACGGUGUUUGUAACCGUUUGUGUGGAGAAACCACGGAGGAGGGCACCGUACCGUUAUGUUCAUCACACCAUUAUGAAACAACAGCUGAUUCAACAGAAGCUUGGAGGCGCAGACAAAGGGUAUGACAGAAGAGCUCAGCUUCUUCUCUACUCUCGGCGCUUAAGGGAGUCCGCUCGAUCAUCGACAUUCAAAGCUUUACAGUCGAAGCCUGUUUCUUCCACUGAUCACCAGAAACCUUCAAACAAAAUUGUGGGUGUCCAAAGAAAGGUAACACAUUGCAGGACACCCGGUUGUUUUGACAAAUGGAGAGUGAUGGUCCCAUGUUGUUUGACAAACUUACAAGCUAAGAAAAGUGGCAAGAACAGGAAAGAUGAAUCCAAAACAAGCAAUACUAUGAUCAAAGCUAUAAUGAAAAGCCUACAGGUGCAAAAGAAACGGAGGUUCUUCUCAAAGCCGAUCCCAUUGAUGCAAAAGAAUCAGCAUCUGUAAAGCACCAAUUUUAGCUGGUUUAUUGUUGACAUAUUUUGAGAGGUGGACUAUUUGGGUUGAAUAUAGAGUAAUAUUU